UGUCAGUUGCCAAUUUUGUGAACAAUAUGCGACUUGUUUCGUGUUUGUAAUUUGUAUUUGCGUAAGUACGUACUAUAUAUAGUACAAUAAAUAGUUUCUUAUUUCGAUGAUUAUUUCAAAUUAAGCUUUAAUUAAAUUGUCAAUUUAGUAGUUAAUUAAAGCAAUAAAGUAAAACUAUCAAAAUGAGUGCUAGUGAAGUCGGUGAAACAACAACAAAAGAGAUGACAUUCGCGGAGAAGCAAGCUGAACGAUUAAAGAGACUUCGCUCUUUACACACUGCAAGAAAUGAAGCAAGAACGCAUAAUCACCAGGAAGUUGUAGCUGAGGAGGCUAGAAACAAGUUACCAGCUAAUUACGAAGCCAAACGACGACAAGCAGAAUGGAUCAUGGAAGAUCAAAAGAAACGUGAAGAAUCAGCUAAAGAGGGUAAAGACUAUGACCGAGUUAAAUUACUGAAUAUAUCUGCAGUAGAAGCAGAGAGGUUGGAACGCAAAAAGAAGAAAAAGAACCCUGAUCAAGGCUUUUCUACUUAUGAACAGGCUACAGUAAGACAGUAUAACAGACUUGUGAAAAAUAUGCCAACUGCAGAUAUGGAACUUUAUGAACAACAGAAACAAAAAUAUGGAGAUGCUUUCUAUGGAGGACCAAAUGUUAUUAUUCAUGGAAUGCAUAAAGAUAGAAGAGAAGCAGUUGAUAAAAUGGUUGAUGAUUUGGAAGGGCAAAUUGCAAAGAGAGCUAAAUAUUCCAGGAGACGAACUCAUAAUGAUGAUGCAGAUAUUGACUACAUCAAUGAAAGAAAUGCUAAGUUUAAUAAGAAAUUGGAGAGAUUUUAUGGAGAGCACACUGCCGAAAUCAAACAAAACUUGGAAAGAGGCACAGCUAUUUAAUUAUAUUGUGAUGAAAUAAUAAAAAUCCAGCGGAGCAUCUAUGCAUUUGUGCUUACAUUUCUACAUAUUUUUCCUGAUAUUCAAGUGAUUAGCCUUCUGUGCUGAAUUGUGUAAUGAAUUGUUUAUAGAUAUUCACCAAACUUAAUAAUUAAUUAUUGAAGUACCUUAUAUUUUUCACCUUGUGUACAAUUUCUUAAAUUUAUAGUUUAACUUUGGACUAAUAAUUAGUAACUAUCAUAAUAUUUGUAAUAUAUUAAUAUUUAGCUACAAGAUAAUUAGAGCUGUAUCUGUUGUUUGGUUGGUAAAAAUAUUGGGAUUUGACUGAUGUCAAUACAGUAGUCAGUUAACGCAGUAACUGACAGUCCUGACUCUGGAACCAUCUAGCCUUAAGCAGCUUCUCAUUUUAAAAAAAGCCUUAUUCUUACUCAAAUGACAAACUUAUUGUGUUUAAAUUAUCUUAAAUAAAAAAAAAACUUGUAACAAUUUUUAUUUGAUACGCAUGGUAAAUACAUAACCAAGUCAAUAGAUAUAUAAUCCCUAUUCUGUAUAAGCAAUAGGUCUGUAGAAGUCAAGGUGUGUUAAGACAUGUUGAUACACAAACUCAAAAAUAAAUUACUCUAUAAUAAAAAUUGGAUUAUUUUGAUUUAAUUUUCAUACUUUACACCAGGUAUGGAACUAAUAUGAAAAUUACUCGGUAACAAUAAAAAAUAUUAUUAGGGCUUAUGGCUCAAGUUCAAUGCUUCAAAUUUGGACUAAUUUCAAAUCUUUUAUUGAUAAAAUAAAGCAUUUAAAGAUAAGAUUCUUUUAAAAGAAAAAUGUUCUUUAUCACACUUUGACUUCUGAAAAAUGUGCAAGUUUUCAUUUACAAAAAACUUAAAUCUUAAUUAUAUAAAGAUUUUAAGGUUAUAUCAAUGCAAGGUUUAUUAAAUUAAUUUUUACUCAAUGUGUAGUAGUAGGAAAUUAAAUUAAUUAAAUACUUAAUAUGUAUAUAUAAUAUAUUGAUAUAUAAAUGUAUGUUUUUAAAGUGAAAGAAUCAUUUUUAUCAAAUAUUUAAAUAUAGAAACCAAAUGUACAAAUGGCUCUAUGGUAAUUUUUUUGGGAAAAAGAGCUACCCCCAUGUGUCAAUUUUUUGAGGGAAUUUUAAAUUGUGAGGACAACCUGGACCAGACCAGACCCUCUCUAUAAAUGUCAUAUCAAUUCUAGCAACAUCAAAUCAUAACAUGUGAUUGAUGAUCAGACUAGGCAUAGUGCCCAAAUUUUUUGUUGUAGUUAUCAAAAUCUUAAAGUUAUUUAUAUAACUGCCUCGAUUCCUUAGUUUUAGGUAAAGUAUCUAAUACAGUGCUAUAAUUCUG